AUGUGCCAGAGAUGGCGACAAUGGCCACUUGUAAGCCUGAGCUGACGACUGUUCCUCUGGAGCUGCCAGCUGAGGGCGGUACAAUGUUCUUCCCCACCUGUGUCAGGCUGGAGCAGUGUGGUGGAUGUUGUUAUGGUCCUCUCCUCACCUGCCGUCCCAGCAUCACUAAGGCUGUCAAGUUUAGGGUGGUGAAGACGACGGUGGCUGCCUCAGGCACGACAAGGCGUCGAGGAAAUCGUCGUCGUCGUCAGAACGAAGUGAGCUACCACACAGUGGAAGUCAUCAAACAUGUGGAAUGUGCUUGUGCCUGUAAGGUGCAGGAGGAGCACUGUAACUCUGACAUCCAUAAUUACUACGAGAACGAGUGUUCCUGUGUCUGCAAGAACAGUGACGAGAAGAGCAAAUGUGAGGAGCAGAACAUGACUAAGUAUUGGGACAACGAUACUUGCAACUGCUACUGUCGUAACCCUGAAGACUGCAGCAGCGGCGAGUACUUCUCCUCAGUUACUUGCAAAUGUGAGGCUAUAAUGGCAAGAAGCGGGUUCAAGUCUGCUGCAAACACUGAAGAAGGUCUGCAAUGGCCAGCGUUCACCAACAACCUGCCGCCUCACCGACGCCGCAAGCCAAUCCAAGUUCCACUCAUCUAAAUUAUUUCUUAUUACUACUACACCUGCCACCACCACCUACACAAGAUUCACUACACCUG